GCGCAGGAUCCAGCCAGAAAAACAAAACAAUCAUAACUUGCGACUAGUCUAGUUAUUAUUUAAACUAUUCUACCUGUUAAAGUACAUUGUGUAAAGAAACACCCUCUCUAAAAUAUGGAGUUCAACGACAAAGUCGUCCUAAUAACUGGUGCAAGUUCAGGAAUAGGAGCAGCUACAGCUAUACACUUCUCAAAAUUAUCAGCGAAAUUAGUGCUUGUCGCCCGAACUGAAAAGAAUCUUAAUAGGAUCGCUUUGUAUUGCGAAAAAUCGAAAGGAGUCGUGCCGCAAAGCAUAGUCGCUGACGUCACGAUUGAAGCGGACGUGGAGAGAAUCAUCAAAGAAACAAUUGACAAUCACGGCAAACUAGACGUUCUUGUCAACAAUGCCGGCACUGUCGGAAUGGGAGGAAUCAAGAACUCUACUCUAGAAACAUACGACAAGGUUAUGACCACAAACAUGAGAGCUGUGUACCAUCUAACGCAACUUGCGAUCCCACAUUUGAUUUCAAGCAAAGGAUGCAUUGUAAACGUAUCCUGUGUUUCCGGUACGAAGCCGAGUACAAUGGCGUUAGCAUACAAUAUAUCAAAAGCAGCUUUGGAUCAUUUCACUAAAUGUGUCGCUUUAGAGUUGGCAGCAGACGGAGUGCGAGUGAAUUCUGUCAACCCAGGAUUCGUGAAGACAAAUCUUCUGAAAAAUAUUGGCUUAAGCGAGGACCAGCUUGAAUUGUUCGUAAAGAACGUAGUCGGUAAUAUUCCUCUCAAGAAGCCAAUAGAAGGAGAAGAGGUUGCCUCCUUGAUAAGCUACUUGGCAAGUGAUAAAGCUAAAGGCAUUACUGGUUCCAAUUUCGUCGUAGACGCUGGCACAUUACUGCGAUAGUCAA